AAUGGAUUAAUACGUAACCAUAUAAAAGUGAAUAUACUUAAUUAGAAAACAGUUGCAGAUCAAACAGACUGAGUGGAAGAUGGAGUCAGAUAUUAAUUAUCCGUGUCUACAGAUGAUGAAAAAUACAUCAGAUGGACUCAAGAAUCUGACAUGUCUGCAGAACGACGAUGACGGGAGACCGUUAGUGGUGAAUCCCGCCCUUUUUGACUCUCAUUUCAACCUGGCAAUGAUUUACAUAUCAAUUAUAGCAGUGGCGCUUUUUAUUGGAACUUUUGGAAACUUGAUGAUAUUACUCGUAGCCUUUUGGUCAAGGGGAUUGAACAAAGUUGGUAAAGAAUUUAUGGUCAAUCUUGCACUAGCCGAUCUCUGUGUGGCUGCCAUUGCUGACCCAAUGUGUAUUGUAGGUGUGAUAAAAGGUGAGCAUUUUUUCAGUGAUAAACCAUGGCUGUGUAACUUGAUCGCCAGUAUGUGUCUGACCGCCUGUUUCUGUGCUUUCGCCAGUCUAACCAUGCUGUCAUUGAACCGGUACGUCUACCUCUGUCACAACGAGAUCUACGACAAAAUGUACGGACGUAUAACUUGCAUUGUAAUAUGCGUUAUGUGUUGGAUUGCUGCCUUUCUUUGUGAGUUCCCGAAUUUUGUCGGAUGGGGCGGCCAUUACUUUGACCAAGAGGCCAAUCAAUGUAUCUGGGAUCGAACAAGCAGCUUGUCCUAUACUCUUUUUGUAGCGAUUGGCUUAAUUGGUUUUCCUCUUCUGACGAUGACGAUUUGCUUCAUUCUUAUAUUUCGUCGGAUUUGGAAUACCAAGAAAGCCCUUUACGAUAUAGACAAAGGAAAAGAUGGACGGAUGGGGAAGGUCAUGGUAGAGAGUUUCCGAGCAGCCAAGACUAUAUUUGUCAUCUUCGUGGUUUUUGUCAUCUGCUGGACACCGUAUGCUGUGGUCAUUGCCAUUGAUGUGGAGAACACACUCCCAAUGCCGGUUCACCUGUUUCUAACACUUCUGGCACAUCUCCAUUCGAGUUGCAAUUUCAUCAUUUACUUCGUUGGCAACAAGAGGUUCCGAGUAGUUCUGGGACGUAUCUUGGGAUGUCAUGACAAAACAGCUAUUCUGUCCGAAACCAAGAGUUCCAGUGUUCCGGACAGUCCAGGUACAACCAGAUAUAAUAAUUUUAGUGGAAUAAAACCACAGCUGAAGAUUACUAAGAAACAGACAUCGACCGGAUCAGAUUCCUUUGAUGGUCAUAUGUGAUAUGACAUUAACUCAGGGGUAUUACCUUGUUUUUCUUUGCCCCGCCUACGAUAGUUGAUGAAUUUCAUUUUUUUUUUGUCUGUCUGUUCGUCCGCAUGACAUCAACUUUAAACAUAGUACAAAUUUUCCAUAUGAUGUGAAAUAUUGAAAUUGUAUGUCAAAUUAUGGUGUUGAUCCCAAUUACACGGUUCACUGAACAUAGAAAUGUGAGAGGAGGACAUAAGUACUUACAAACAUAUUUAAGUAUUUCGUUAAGGUAGUGUAUCAACUUGAACUAAGUGGGAGAUACAGCAAUUUUCAUAAGGUAAGGGAGGGUAUUACACUGACUGCAUAAGAGAGAGCCCGUGCCAGUCAUGCUCCAGUGAUUCCCUAAAUAAUCAACCAAUGUUUUGACACAAAAGGGGGCCCUCAAAAGCUGCCUCUCAAACUUAAGUUCACAACACAUUUUUUGGGGUGAACCUUUGAAAUUUUGACUCCGAUUUGAUAUAUAUACUGCGAAAAAAAAAGACGUAGGAUUGUGUUCGGGCAAAGAUUGUGUGAGGACAAACAUAAUAAGAUACAAUGCAAUAAUUCAUAUAUGAUCUCACGAAACAUAAAAAAGAAAAUCAAGUAAAAUGUCUUUCACAUAAACUCACCAAAUGUCAUCAUCAAAAGUUUGCAUUAUUUUCGUUGUCUUUAAUAAUCGAUAUUAUAGAGAGAAAAAAGCCUAUAGUUUACCAUCUGCCACAUUUGACAUGUGAUGUUAUAUUUAGUUACCAAAUAUCAUUCAGAUUGCUUCAACUUCACGAAUGCUUUUAUUUUUUAUUUGUUACCCUAUUUAUUUUUUACAUUUUAUUUCAUUAUAUAAACAUCUUGAAUCUUUUUUAAAAUUUUAUAUUUAUUGUUGAACAAUGAUUUUUUUUGAAAUAUAUUAUCCUCCUGCUCAGAUUUAUAAUCCUUUGUUUUAUUCUUUAUACCUACAUGUUUAUCAUAUUGUAAAACCUGACUUUACUUUGUUUGUUAAAUAAAAUAUUUGUUUAUAAA